AUAAGAACUGGGGUUGCUGCUGUAGGUAUUUAUGGGUAGGGGGCUGGACAUAUAUACAAGUAUAAUAAGGGGGGAAAUAGUGAGGACAUCCUCAGACCACUGAUACAAAAUGGAGACGAAAAGUGAAGGAACCCUGGCUGUUGUAUUUCUGGCUUUCAUACAAGGUGUUCUGGCCUCUGGUGCUGUGGAGGUCCAGCCCUCCAUCAACCCUGCUGCAGUCGGGGACACAGUGACACUGUUUCUGUCUCCUUCGACAACUCUGAAAAGUGGAAGCUGGGCAGUGAGAGAAUCCCUCAUUCUCACUUGGUUCGGGGACCAGCAGGCAGUCUUUCCCAGCCACAGUGGCAGGGCGUCAGUCAAUGUCCUCACUGGAGCUCUCACUCUGAGCUCCGUCACAGUGGCUGACUCAGGAGUCUACGUAGUGCAGAGCAGUGACCCCCAGCUUAAGGCCAAUGCUUCCAUCACUGUUCUGGAACCCAUUUCAAAUGUGACACUAAGGGCAAAUCAAACCAACCUGAUGGAGUUCAACAGUUCAGCAGUCGUUGCGUGCUCUGUCUCCUCUGGAUCCUCCCCCUCUUUCCUCUGGAUGAACGGCAGCUCUGAGGUUACAGCCAGUGAGAGAGUUCAGCUCACUGAUGGAAACUCCACUCUCACUAUAGUCAAUGUGACCCGCUAUGACCAGGAACCAUUCAGGUGUCAUGUGUUCAAUCCUGUCAGUAAUGGCACCAGUGAUCCAGUAAACUUUACUAUCAGCUAUGGUCCAGAUAACAUGGCCCUAACAGUGAAUGGACAGAACAUUACUUCCUUUUCAGUUGGAUCCAAUCUGACCAUGCUCUGUUCAGCACAGUCCAAUCCUCCAGCUCAGCUUCAGUGGGCUUUCAGAGGAGAGCUUGUGAACGUUACAGGUCCAUUGUUGGAGCUGUUCAGCAUCAACAAGAACCAAAGCGGUCCAUAUUCCUGUCUGGCCUUCAACAAUCACACCAACACCAACAGCAAUAUCACCACACACAUCAUGAUAGCAGAGUCAUUGUCAGGAUCUGAACAACAGGCAGUCAAUGUGUGGCUCCUGCCUCUGCUAUUAUUGGUUGGAUUUCCCUUCUUAUUGCCAGGCAAGUUGUAGAAUAACUACUUAUGUUGGCUCAUUCAGUCCAUGGAUGACUCUGAUGCAAUGAAAUAAAUUGGAUACAGUGAACCUUUAAGCAAUGUCCAAUACAACAUUCAAAACCUA